GCUGGAACCGCGCUACGCAGAAGUGGUCAGAUGGGAGCUCCGGGACCUGCGAGGGUGUCCCUGAAAGACUCCUGCUAGUAUGGGCCUUCUACAGAGCCAGUCCAGGCUAGGAUGGCUGGAUCACUAACAGCAGCUGAAACUCUGGCCCUUCAGGAUACACAGGGUCAAGAGAAGAUUAUGAUGAUGGAGCCAAAGGAAGAGGAACAGUCUUGGGAGUGUGAGACCAGGCAACAUGGGAACCGCUCUCCCAGUCAGGAGAUCUUCCGCCAACGCUUCAGGCAGCUCUGCUACCAGGAGACUCCUGGUCCCCGGGAGGCCCUGAGCCGACUAAGGGUGCUCUGCUGUGAGUGGCUAAGGCCCGAGAGGCACACCAAGGAGCAGAUCCUGGAGUUGCUGGUGCUGGAACAAUUCCUGACCAUCCUACCGGAGAAGCUCCAGUCCUGGGUGCGGGGACAUCACCCUGAGAGUGGAGAGGAGGCUGUGACUGUGCUGGAGGAUUUAGAGAAAGGACUUGAUGAACCAGGACUGCAGGUCCCAGGCCCGGUACACGGACCUGCACAGGAAGAGCCGUGGGAGGAGAAGGAGCCUGUGGGAGCAGCCCAGGAGAAACCAAGCAUCCAGCUCCAGCCUAAGGAGACCCAGGCUUUCCCAGAGCGUGAACAGGUAUAUUUACAUUUUCCAUCAGUUGUUGCAGAAGAUGAUGCAGAGCCCAAGGACAAAGGGUCGUUGCCAGAACCACCCAUUACUGACGUGGAAUCACAGGUGCUCAGAGAAAAACUCACCACCAGCACCUCUACAUUUGAAGCUGCCUCUGAAGUUGAGGCCCCUUUAGAGCAGCAGCAGAGAAAUCUCAAAGGGGAAAGGCUGAAGCAGUCCCCCGCUCAGGGGAAAAGCUUCAGGCAGAUGGUCGUCACCCUUAAGACAACUCCCACAGGGAAGAAAGACCAUGAAUGCAGUGAAUGUGGUAAAGCCUUCAUUUAUAACUCACACCUUAUAAUCCACCAGAGAAUCCAUUCUGGAGAGAAAAUCUAUAAGUGCAGUGACUGUGGGAAAACUUUCAACCAGAGCUCAAACCUCAUUCAGCAUCAGAGAAUUCAUACAGGAGAGAAACCCUACGAAUGUCAUGUGUGUGGGAAGUCCUUCAGGUGGAGUGCUCACCUUGUUCAACAUCAGAGGGUUCAUUCAGGGGAGAAGCCCUACGAGUGUAAUGAGUGUGGGAAGGCCUUCAGUCAAAGCUCAUAUCUAAGUCAGCAUCUGAGAAUCCACAGUGGAGAGAAACCUUUCCUAUGUAAAGAAUGUGGGAAGGCCUACAGAUGGAGUUCUGAGCUUAUCAGACAUCAGAGAGUUCAUGCCAGAAAAGAGCCUUCCCAAUGGACUGUGGGUGAGAAAGUCUCCAGACAGAAUUGUACUUUUGUCUGAUCAGUUUUAGGACUAUAUUCCAUAAAAGUUAUA